CCGCGGUCCCGCCUUCCGGGGCGGCCCGGGUCCCGCCUGCAGCCGCUGGGAUGCUCCUGGUCCGGGCGGGGGGUGCUGCGGGCCGGGCCACGCCGCCGCUGGCCGCCCUGUCCUACGUGCUGCGGCUGGAGCGGAGCCGCCGCGCCGCGAUCGUGUUCCCGCUGCAGAAGCUGGUGCGGUACCUGGCGCCCGGCACCGACACGGCGCCGUUCCACCUCUUCCAGCCCGGGCUGGCCGCCCUGCAGCGCUCCGAGGCGCUCUUCAGGUCCGACCGCGGGCAUCCCAUCGACUACGUGAGCUCCGCCGUGCGCAUGGACCAUGCCCCGCCGCCGGCCCUGCCCGAGGUGUGUUUCAUCGGCCGAAGCAAUGUGGGGAAAUCAUCUUUAAUCCGGGCCUUGUUUUCACUGGCUCCGGAAGUGGAAGUUAGAGUGUCAAAAACUCCGGGCCACACCAAGAAGAUGAAUUUCUUCAAAGUAGGGAAGUACUUUACUCUGGUGGAUAUGCCAGGAUAUGGCUAUCGCUCCCCGCAGGACUUUGUUGAGAUGGUGGAGGCCUAUCUGCAGGAACGGCACAACUUGAAGAGAACUUUCCUAUUAGUUGAUGGUGUAGUAGGACUCCAGAAAACAGAUCACAUUGCAGUAGAGAUGCUGGAAGAGUUUGGGAUUCCUUAUGUGAUGGUGUUAACAAAAAUUGACCGAGCUUCCAGGGGAUUAUUGUUAAAGAACGUACUGGAGAUCCAGGAGUUUGUAAAGGAGAGCACUCAAGGAUGCUUUCCUCAGCUGUUCCUGGUCAGCUCUGUGGAGUUUUCGGGGGUUCACUUGCUCAGGUGUUUUGUAGCCCAUGUUACUGGAAACCUGCCCACUGUAGAGGCCAGCUGAAAAGACCUGCUGAUCUGCUUGGCUCAUCAGGAACAAGAGUAGGUGCAGCAGGAUGGCAUGCCUUGCUUGCAGACAUUGGAUUGUCCCUGUUCCACAAGGAUGAAGAAAAGAACACAUCUUUUAUGGGAUCUGCUUUUCCAUGAGUGUUGGCUUGAAACAGAGUGGAAUAAAAGACUGACAUCUAGAGGAGCCCUGUCCUGCACACUGUCAUGAGUCAGUGCUGCAUUUACCUUCUGUUUUGAGAUCAAGCAUGAAUUUCUGCAGCUCCACUUGGAUGAAUUGCCAGAUCUGAGGCACACCAUCCGUGAUCUGUAGUGGCUCUACUCUGGUAGCUGAAGCACAGCACUGUAUGCUUUAGGGGAACUCUGUUCCACAGCAGCUGUCUAAGAGCACCUGAAGCUGUCCAGUUACAAGGCAGAACUGGACAAAAGGACAGCCAUAAAUAGCAGCACUCAUACAGGAGAACUUAGUCUGAAGCUAUGAAGUGCCUGUGUCAAACCCUGGCACUCAAUCUUUGUCAGGUCAAAUGUGGUUAUGCAAUUGUCAGUUACUUGUAUUAAGUGUUUAAACCUCAAAAAAGAAAGUUCUUUUCUAAACCGCUCUGAUAGUGCAAAAGGACUAGAAAUAGCAGUUUCACUAUGCAAUUUCUUGUAACACACUAGUUAUGAGACAAGAUCUGUUUUCAGCAUACAUGUAAGAGGAGAAUAUGAGGAAUGCAGUAAAUGUUGCUCCCUAGCUUCUGCGAUUAAACCUGUAAUUCUGUUAAUAUUUUAUCUCUAAUCCCAAAAUUCUGCAGGGCAAACCAGCCCAUGGGAUGCAUGAUCCUAGAAAUGCAGUAGUAGCUAUACAGAUGGAACAGGUGAAAGUGAACACUUCAGGAAAGGCCUUUUUGUAGAUCCUUUAAACCAGGAUCUUCCAAAAACAUCGGUCUUGUCAAGGCUGUAAUUUUCAGGACCUCAGCCUUGACUGAAGAGCCUCUGAAAAGAGCCCUGAAUAUGUAAAAAUAUACAGUUCUGGUUUUAGUCCCUCUUCAGAACAAAACCCCUUACAUUUCAUUACAGUGCUAGGAAGUCUUUUACUAACCACUUAAAUACAUUAAAUACGUCCAGUUAAUCCAUUUGUAUAAACAAGCUGGAUGUGUGUGCAUGGAACAUUAGGUACCACCGUCUCCAGAAGAAUUAACUUUACCUCUGGACACAUUGUGGUUUUAUUCAGAAGUGCUUCAGAUACUGGAAAUACUCCUGCAUUUUGCUCUCAGCCAUUUGCAGGAGAGAGCACUACAGUUUGAUUCUUGAGUGUGACAGUGCCCCUGUGACAAAACAAUAAAUAAAAUCAAGUCCUCCCCCUAAACAGUAAAA